GCUUUAAAUUUUUCAGGCUAGAAGUGUGUCAGCAUAAUUGGCAAACAUUAGCUAAUGGAAUAGAUCGGAGGCAUAGAAACUUAAUUUUAUAGUACGUGAACCUUUAAAAUGGAGGCGUCUGGCUUCUGCUUUCCUGAAAUACAGGAAAGGCGAACGGUUGGGUUUUGUCUGUAAUUUUUGUUUUUUAAUGCAUUGUGGCUGAUCUUAAAUAUUUUAGUUCCAGAAGGCAGAAUCUGAUCUGGAUUAUAUUCAACACAGACUGGAGUUUGAAAUAAUGAAAAGUCUUCCUGAUAAUCCAGCAGCAGAGGAAAAUCCGUUUGCUCUCUUGGAAGAACUCUCAGUGCUGAAAUCUCGUUAUAAAACAUUAUGUAUGCAGCUGGAAAAAAUUUUCGUAGAGCAGAGAGAAUCCAUGAAGGGCAUCCGUGCUGCUCUAGAGAACACAAUGAAGAUGGUUCAGGCAUUACAGCAACAUGCUGAUCUUGAGCGCUUACCUCUGUCAGAAGAAGAACAGACUGCAGCACAGCAGUUAACCUGCCAAACUGUUAAAGAAAUGGAAUCGCUAGUGGAACAGCCAUUUUGUUCAGGAUCUACAGUCCUUGGCUCAGCUGAAGAGCAGCAUUGAGCGUUUCGCAGAUGUACAAGAUGACUUUGAAAGCCACUGACUCAAGAAUACGAAUCUUGAAAGAACUUGCUAUUGUGGAACUUGACAAACAAGGAAAUGUUAAAUUAGUUGUGUAAAUGAAAGCUCAGUCCAUUCUCAUUUGACACACAAGCAUCUUGGUCAUAGCUCCUGGGUUACUGACGGGCACGUAUUUCUCUGGUGUCUACGAGUUAUAAGUACACUGUGGGAAAGCUGUUAAUGUUUCUGUAUACAAAUUCUAGUGAUAGUACUUAAAAUCAGAGACUUAAAAAACAUUGAGGUUGGUAUUUUAUCUUGGAUAUUUACAGGACUAUAGUCAAUGCAUUUUUGAAGAGUCUCGUUAGCCAUGUGACACUUCCAUAUUCUUGCUUACAUUCCUGAGUGGGUUUUUAAGACAAAUAACACAAGCCACUUAAUUGUACUUACAUUCCUGAAUAAAUGAUGAAAGC